AUGACGAACACUGAAAAUUCUCAAAUUCCUACCCGUAAUGGUACUGCUGCUGCUGGUAUCACUACUUCAACGAUGGGUACAACCCCUAUUUCGCAUGUACCAUUUCACCUAGACGGCUAUACUCACCCCUGUCACUCUUUGUAUGUGCACCCGGCUGAUUUGCUAGCUUCAUCUUUAGUUUAUGAAUUGUUUGAUGGAACUUGCUAUGAAAUAAGCUUGAUUUUCAUCCAUGGCACUACUGAGAAGCCUCAUGAAGGAUCUCCCUUCCUUCGACAAUGGCAGCGUUGCAAUGACCUAGUUGUUGCUUGGCUGGCCAACUCUGUCACUAAGGAAAUACAUAGGUCUGUUGUAUACUCUGAGUUUGCUGAGGAUAUUUGGAGGGAAUUAGAAGCUAGGUAUGGUAAGGCUGAUGGUGCUAGGGUAUUUGAGUUAAAGAAAGCCUUGGCUCACAUUUCCCAAGGUUCUCUUGACAUUGCUUCUUAUUUUACCAAGAUAAAACAAUUGUGGGAUGAGUUAGCUUCAAUUUCUAACCAUUCUGAGAAUAGGUGUAAUUGUAUUGGAGGUGCUAAAUCUGAAGAGGAACAAAAGUUCUAUCAGUUUCUCAUGGGUCUAAAUGAGGUUUAUGUCCAAGUGAGGAGUAACAUUCUUAUGAUUAAGCCUCUCCCUUCCAUGGACACUACUUAUAGCAUCCUUCUCAGUGAUGAAAAACAAAGACAAGUGUCUACUAGUACUGUUUUCCCCUCUGAAUCAGCCUCCUUCCAUGCCUCUUUCAACACUGGUGGAUCUAAGUUUGCUCCCAAAGUGCAAUUUGAUCUUCAGAAGUCAUCUCUAUAUUGCAAAUACUGCAAGAGGACUGGGCAUGUUAUUGAGAAAUAUCACAGGCUUCAUGGUUAA